ACUGGAGAGUUCAGCUCUGCUCUAAACACCGGUCUCAACCUGAUCAGCGUGGAAGAGGAGACAAGUCCAGCGGAUGAAAACACACAGAUCAGCUCACCUCCUGACAGAGAGGACGAAGAGGUCAUGGUUUUGAACGAGCUGCAGAGCAUGAGGGACACCGAAGAGGAGGGAGAGGAGGGCGGCAACAAAGGAGAAGAUUGGGAGGAGGUCAGCAGCCAGACCUCUUCAGUCUCCUCCUGCGACGAUUACAUCAUCGUCCUCCCAGACUGCUUCGACACCAGCCGGCCUCUGGGUGAGUCCAUGUACAGCUCUGCCAUGUCGCAGCCAGACCCAGCUGACGCCACCGCUGCUGCUGCUGCUGCUGCUGAUGAUGAUGAUGAUGUAACCUCAGCUGAUCCAGACGUGGACGAGGAGAAAGAGGAAGAGUCCGAGCCCGAGCCCGACGCGGCUGAACCUCUGAGUGAGAGGCAGGAGAAGAUGGAGGUGGCUGAAGACGAGGAUCCACCUGUGAACACCUGGCUUCCAGUUCUCCCUCCAUCCAUCCACAGCAGUGUGAACCAGAUGCUGUGUGCCUCCCAGACGCUCGACGCCACCACGCUCACCCCUGAAGUGGUGCCGCCGCCCGUGCUGCCAGACCCCCUGCUGCCCCCGCCCGCCCUCUACUCACCAAGGUCUGAAGCACUGUACCUGGCUGAGGACCCCAGCCCCCCGGCCUGUGACCCAUAUGAGCCGCCCCAACCGAGGGUCCACCUAAAUGUAUCAUCUGGUGGUCUGUCGAGAUCAGCAGGCUCAGCAUCCAGUGCCUUUGAGACAUAUAACCCCAGACCCAGAUACGCUUUGCAGCCAAGAGGCCAAGGAGGCAUCACAGAGGGAUUCGUCAAGGGGGCCCUUUCUGUGGCAGCGUCUGCUUAUAAAGCCCUCUUCACUGGACCAAACUGUUCCAUACAGCGAGGCAUCGACCCAGCCACCAGACAGGACCCUUCCAUGAUGGCGAUGCUGCUGGAGAUGGGCUUCGGAGACCAGCGGCUCAACCAGCGGCUGCUGAGGAAGCACGGCUACAGCCUGCUGCACACCGUCAACGAGCUGGUGCAGAUGGCCGAAGACAGCCAGAACAAAGCUGUCAACUCUCUGCACUAAA